CGUUCUCCUCCCCUCAACCCCGGCUGAUAGUGCUGCGUGAGUGCGUGUGUGCUCCUGAGCCCGCUCGGCACACAUAAUAAAAAUACAAAAAAAAUACAAAAAAAUCUAAAAAUAUAAAAAACGAAAAAAUUCUUCUUCUUUAUUUUUUUUAAAAUCUUUUGUAACGAGCUGCGGAGUGGGACUUGAGAGACAUUCGAAGGUAACGGACGCUAAGAACUUGCUGCCAAGCCAACGUGUAAUCCAUCAAACGGCAUUUUAAACGACGUGUUAUUGGAAAUAGGGCGAAAUUUUGACUCGGUGUUGUCCGCGUGAGUAGUGGCAAAGUUGUGUGAUCGUUUUAUUCGCGUUUUAAGUGGUCACAUUGUCCUUUUGUUGUACAUUGAGCGGAGCACGCUGCGGCGGCCAGGCCAACGGCUCAUCUAAAUUCUGUCGCGAGUGACGCCGUUCCACUGACCGUUAACUCCACAUAAACCGUCGCAAAGUUUUCAUUUCGACGCUGACGCUGUAGUUUCGAGCCUCUUUAGUCGGACAAAAUGAACCCCAGCGCUCCUAGUUACCCCAUGGCUUCUCUCUACGUCGGGGACCUGCAUACGGAUGUGACCGAGGCUAUGCUGUACGAGAAAUUCAGCCCAGCUGGAGCCAUCCUCUCUAUCCGGGUCUGCAGGGACAUGAUCACUCGGCGCUCCCUCGGAUACGCCUAUGUCAACUUCCAGCAGCCUGCAGAUGCUGAGCGUGCGCUGGACACUAUGAACUUUGAUGUAAUCAAGGGGCGUCCGGUGCGCAUUAUGUGGUCCCAGCGUGACCCGUCAUUGAGAAAGAGUGGUGUAGGAAAUAUCUUCAUUAAGAAUCUUGACAAGUCAAUUGACAACAAGGCUCUGUAUGACACCUUCUCUGCUUUCGGCAACAUCUUGUCAUGCAAGGUUGUUUGUGAUGAAAAUGGCUCCAAGGGCUAUGGCUUUGUGCAUUUUGAGACUCAUGAGGCAGCCGAGCGUGCCAUAGAGAAAAUGAACGGCAUGCUGCUGAAUGACCGCAAAGUGUUUGUUGGCCGCUUCAAAUCUCGCAAAGAGCGUGAGGCUGAAAUGGGAGCACGGGCCAGAGAGUUUACAAAUGUCUAUGUUAAAAACUUUGGAGAUGAUGUAGAUGAUGAGAAACUGAGGGAGCUUUUCAGUCAGUUUGGAAAUGCUCUCAGUAUCCGUGUGAUGACGGAUGCCACAGGGAAAUCCCGGGGAUUUGGAUUUGUCAGCUUUGAGAGGCACGAGGAUGCACAGAAGGCUGUUGAUGAGAUGAAUGGGAAGGAGUUCCAGGGCAGACCGAUCUAUGUGGGACGAGCUCAGAAGAAGAUGGAGCGUCAAACUGAACUCAGGCGUCGAUUUGAGCAAAUGAAGCAAGACAGAAUGACUAGAUACCAGGGCGUUAACUUGUAUGUGAAGAAUCUUGAUGAUGGCAUCGACGAUGAGCGUCUGCGAAAAGAGUUCUCUCCAUUUGGCACCAUCACCAGUGCAAAGGUCAUGUUGGAAGGUGGUCGCAGUAAAGGAUUUGGUUUUGUGUGUUUUUCCUCACCUGAGGAAGCCACUAAAGCAGUGACUGAAAUGAAUGGGCGCAUUGUGGCCACAAAGCCACUGUAUGUAGCUCUGGCACAGAGGAAAGAGGAACGACAGGCUCACCUCACCAACCAGUACAUGCAGCGUAUGGCCAGUGUGCGUGCUGUUCCAAACCCAGUCAUCAACCCCUACCAGCCAGCCCCGCCCUCUGGAUACUUCAUGGCCACCAUACCCCAGGCCCAGAAUCGUGCAGCAUAUUAUCCUGCCGCAGGGCAGAUGGCACAGCUGCGCCCCAGCCCACGCUGGGCCACCCAGAACGUCAGGCCACAGCACUUCCAGAGUAUGCCCACUGCAGUGCGGGCGGCGCCUCCUCGCCCUCAGACCUUCGGCGCCAUGCGUCCCACCGCCCAAAUACCUCGUAUGAUUUCAGCCCAGAGAGUCGCCACUCAGCCUAUGGCCCCUCGCCCAGCUGCAGCAGCGCCCUCUGCUGCCCCUGUACGUGGCGUCCCUCAGUACAAGUACUCGGCAGGAGUCCGUAACCCCCAGCAGCACAUGACCCCAACCCAGGUCGGCAUGCCGCAGGCUGCUGUCCAUGUGCAGGGCCAGGAGCCCCUGACCGCCUCCAUGUUGGCUGCUGCCCCGCCCCAAGAGCAAAAGCAGAUGCUGGGAGAGCGCCUAUUCCCCCUGAUCCAGAACAUGCACCUGAGCCUGGCAGGAAAGAUCACAGGGAUGCUGCUGGAGAUCGACAACUCUGAGCUCCUUCACAUGCUCGAGUCUCCUGAAUCUCUGCGCUCAAAGGUGGAUGAGGCAGUUGCUGUGCUCCAGGCUCAUCAGGCCAAAGAAGCCGUUCAAAAGACUGUGACCAACACAGCUGUGGCUGCAAGUGUUUAGACCCAAGGAGCGUGGGACCUUGAGAAGGGGAAAAACAAAAAAUAACUGUACAAACAAAGUAAAACAAGUAAAAAUAAUUACUUAAAAAAGUUAAACAAGUGUCCAACCAGGCCUAAAAUGCAAGAAUUGGCCUGGUUUGCAUUAAAAAUCAAAACUUACAAAAAAAUAGAAAAUAUUUCAAAUAGGUUAUAUAUUCAAGCGUUUUAGAGGAGACAUUUGUCAUUAUAAUACAGUAUUUAACACAUUCCUUUAUUAUUUUAUCCAUUUUAAAUUUUGAAUGUUUGGGCUGUGAUUGAAAGCCAGUUACUCUUACUGUGAAUUUACUUUUUGCUUGCAUCAAUAAAAGGAAAAUAAUAAAAACA